GGAGUUCAGCAUCUUCAAAUGAGGCAGCGAUUCCAAAGAUCAGAUCCCCGCUGCCUCAGCACCAGCAAAGUCCUAGAGCGCCUCACAGCCCAGUUGGUCAGCCAGCCUCCUGCAGCCUCCAUUUGGACUUUUGGAGCCUUCCACUAUGACCCCUACCAAGAGCCUCCACAUCAACACUCCACUGAGAGAAAGCAUUCCCCUCUCCAAAGUGGCUGGUACCAAGGUCUACUUGAAGCUGGACAACACCCAGCCCACGGGCUCUUUUAAGAUACGGGGCAUCGGGCAUUUCUGCAAAACGUGGGCUGAACGGGGCUGCAAGCGUUUUGUGUGCUCCUCAGGGGGAAAUGCCGGCCUCGCAGCUGCUUAUGCGGCCAGAAUGCUGGGCAUCCCAGCUACCAUCUUCGUUCCUACAUCCACGCCAGCCUUCACCAUAGAUCGUCUGAAAGAUGAGGGGAGCACCGUGUGCAUUGUGGGAGAGAUGUUGGAUGAGAGCAUCGAACAAGCCAAGGAACUUGUGAAGAACAACCCCGGAUGGGUCUACGCACCCCCCUUUGAUGACCCUCUCAUCUGGGAAGGACACGCAUCUCUGGUCAAAGAGUUAAAGGAACAGAUGGAUUCCCCACCUGGAGCGCUGGCUCUCUCGGUCGGAGGAGGUGGGUUGCUGUGUGGCGUGGUCCGGGGUCUCCGAGAAGUAGGCUGGUCUGAUGUGCCCGUCAUUGCCUUGGAGACCAAAGGAGCCCACAGUCUAAAUGCUGCCGUGACAUCUGGGAAGCUGGUGACCCUUCCGGAAAUUACUAGCGUUGCUAAAAGCCUUGGGGCGAAGACCGUGGGGGCAGAGACUCUGAAGCUGGCUCAGGAGCACCCUGUCUUUUCAGAGGUCAUCACCGAUCAGCAGGCAGUAAUGGCCAUUGAGAAGUUUGUGGAUGAUGAGAAGUUCCUGGUGGAACCCGCCUGUGGCGCAGCCUUGACAUCUGUCUACAGUGGAGUGGCACAGAGGCUAAAAGCAGAAGGCAAGCUCCGCCCCAAGCCAGACUCCUUGGUGGUUAUUGUGUGUGGCGGGAACAACAUCACGCUGGCCCAGUUGCAGCGCCUGAAGGAGCAGUUGGGCAUUCAGAACAUCACAGCUGCUUAGACAGAGCAAGUUGUAACUGAAAGGCACUCCAUGUUACUAAAGUGGAGAGGGACACAAUUCAUGCGGAGUUUUGGCCACACUGGUGUUUUAGCUGUGGUGCACUUAUCUCCAAGCAUGAUGGGAAAAACAUGGGUGCAUUCAAACUCAUGUUAUCUUCAUCUCCCUCCAAGCUCUGUGACACCCACAGGUGGGAGAGUAGGAGCAAAACGGAGGGACACAGUAGCAUAUUCCCUGCUGCCUUGGGACAUGGUUGAAUCACCAGCAGGUAAGAAUCACUGGAUACCUGCUGCAGGUGUAUCUUAACUCAUCUAGUUGAGACCUGCAGCAGAUCUUUUGGGACGGCAGGAAGCCUUUUGGGCAAGAUUUAAGUUAGGAAUGUUAUUUAAAA